AUGUCGUCCUAUACCCGCGAUCCGAGCAACGCUGCGCGCGUGAGAGCUCGACGCUCGCUUGCGCAAAUGCCCCAUAGAGGUGGUGGCAUCGAUAUCGACAAGGAGAACGUUACGACAGACCUCAGUGCCGUACAGAAACAUAGCAAUAUACCCUCUAGGACGUUCGGGAAGGACAAAAGGUCCCGCAGCAAGAGUCUUGGGCCAGGAGGAUUGGAUCUCUUGAAGAAUGGGGGCAACGAUAGGAGAAAGUCUACUGCUGCGGUACAAUUGAAGUCGAUUCUUAAACCAACCAUCCCCGUUUCUCCCAUCAGCCAUAUUCCCACCUUUGCAGAAACGCGGAGGAAGACUCCAAGUCGAGACACGUUUAGAAUCGGACAUAAAGCAUCUGGCAACAAUGAUCUUCUCAUUGACUUUUCUACACCCACUGCUGCCCCAGUCGUCGGCACAGACAGCUUGAUCAACCCGUUCGAUAAUUUUAACCCAAUACCACCGUCCCGAGCCAAAGAUGAGGCUCUCGCUGCCCAAAGAGAAAGAGAGGAAAAGAUGCGAGUUGAGAAUGAGCGAGAGAAGAAAAAGGCCAUAUUAGAACAGCGAGCUGCUCGAAGGAAAUCAAUGGCCAAUCGACGAGUUUCAUUUGCGCCUGAGGCGACUCUGCAUACCUGGAAUGUAGUCGAAUUGAUGGAGGACUCCACCGCUUCUUCAGCUGCAAAUACAACCCGCCGAGCUUCUUCGCUCGCGGCUGGUAAUAUGGACCAAGGUUCGGACGCAGAGCCACCAUCAUCACCAGAGAAAUAUGAUCAAGAAGACGCCCCUGGAUCUCAUGCUGCAGCUGAGUUAGAUGACCUUGCAGAUGAAGCGUUUUCUUCUAGCCCCUUUAGUGGUGGUUCUGCAGCAGAUAACAAUGACGCUGGUUUUCAGGGUGGGAACAUGGAGGUGGAAAGUGACUCUCUGAGUUCUGGGCCUGAAGAUGAAAGUACGAACAUGAGCCUGGACAAUGCUACCGAACGAUCACUUUCCCCACAGUCCGAUGGCUCAACGCCCAGUUCUAGUAGUCUGGAGCGGUCAUUACGAAGGGCUGCUGAAACGGCUGGCACUAGGGGAAUUGACUUUGAUGAAAAUGGGGACCUAUCAAUGGAAUUCACCAACCAUGAGAUCGUUGGAGCCUUCCAACCCUGGGUUAAGAAGGGGUCUGCCGCAAAAUUUGAUGCUGAAGACCUAACCUCUCGUCUCGACCAGGAGAAUAUUACUCCGGCAAACACAGUUGCCCCGAGCUCUUCAAGAACAAGCGCAGCUUAUCAAGACGAUGGUGAUAUGAGUAUGGAUAUCACAAAGGCUGUUGGUGGUAUUGUUCGAAGGAAGAGUAAUUUUGCUGCACCGGAUGAUCAGGAUUCCCGUCCAUAUUCGGCGUUUCAAAAUAAUAAAGCCCCCCUUCGCCGAGCAUCAGCUGUAACCAACCUCGGUGACCAGACAAUGGAAUUUACAGACGUUCUUGGCGGAAUUAAGGGUGGCUCCCCUUCCAAACAAUUCGAUGUAGAGAGCAAUAUCGAUACCGACGAGGAAAUGACUAUGGAAUUUACCAAUGUCUUGGGCGGUGUCCUUAACAAACAAAAUCUAGGUAAUGAGAAUGAUUAUAUACCCCAAGAAAGGGCCGCCUACGACCAUGGUUACGAAGGAGACGUAACAUACCCCGAUUUAGGAGAGGACGAUAUGGAAAUGACUGGCGCGGUUGGCGGUAUACUACCCCCGAUAGAGGAACGGACCGAGCCGUCUGAGGACGGGACUAUGGGCAUGGAUAUGACGAACGCCGUGGGCAAAAUACUGGCACCUUUCCACGUAGCCAGCCAGAAGGGACAAAGGGGAAUGCAGCACUACGAGGCGGACCCUCCAAGCUCCCCUUUCCAAGAAAAAGUUGCUGCCUCUCCUGCCAAACUCCCGUUACCGCUACAUACGGCUACUGUUACGUCUGAAAGCGGCAGCCCAGUUCGCACCAGGGCUAGAUCUAGCGUUGGGUCCCGACGUUCUUCCUCCCCAAGGAAAUCGCUAUCACGACAAUCAUCUCCAGCCAGAGGCCCCUCCACACCAUUGAAACAAAAGCCUGUUCGUCAUGUCGAGCCAUCGACACCUGCCACCCCUGAGGGAAGUCCUAUCAGACCCAGAUCUAGAAGUGCAUCCCCUCAAAAGCGACGCCCCUUGCAACUAAACCAGCCUCCGGCCAAAUCAACACCCGUUUCUCUAUUCCAGAAAAAUGCGUUAACCGGGCAGUCAACGCCCACCUUUGUUUUGAAGGCAUUAAAUCUCUCUACUCAGGGUGUCAACAAGGCUGGCCUUGGCUCUCCACGAGUUACAGAAAUAUUAGACAGGCGACGCUCCAUUGGAGAAGAUGCUCAGGAUUUUGUAUUAAAGCCAACACCCAAUAGAGGUGUCAGAUUUGAUGACCCUCGCAAACUUGGCCCAGGAGUAGAAAAGGAUAUCGAGGAAGAAAUUCCGCAUAGGGCCAGUCAAGAAUCUGAAAAAGACACUACACUUAACUUGAGGGAACUGAUAUCAAGUCUAACCCCGAAGAAAAGCAAACUCAAAGGCCGCAAAAGUCUUCAUGUUGGUGCCGCUAGAGGCCUUCUCGGAAAACGACCAGCUGAACUCGACAUGGACGAUGCCGACGAAGAUCUUACUCCUAAACGCCUGCGAGGAAGAGAAGCUAGCCCGGUUAAAAACAUCAAACUCCCAGCUCCUCCGUCAAAGGCAGAAACGGUUGGCCGACCAAGCCGUCUGUCCCUUCACUAUGCUCGAAGCGUGUCACCACUGAUAAAUGCUUCCCUAGCAAAGCAAAGAUCACAGGCAAAGGAACUUAUAGUGCAGACGCCAGAUGACAAGAAACCUAUGAAAGAGGCUGAGACUGAGGAAGAAAAUAUGCUCCAAGAUACCGAACCUAGGGUUGAUGCAAUCAAACUUUCCGAUUUCCUCGAGAUGACCAAUAUACACUUCAUGGAGUUAACGACAACUAAGAGGAGGCAUACAAUAGCCCCUGGAAGCCCUGACAAGCGUGAUAUAGAAAUAUUCCAGGGCGGGAAAGUAUUCAAUUUGGAGGACCGCGUUGCCGCCGGGUUCUGCACUGUGCCCAUGCUUGAGUUAUACCAACACUCUUGUCGAGAGCUUAAGUCUUACAUCUCUGAAGGCCGACGCAUCAUUCGCUCAAUAGAGGCUGAGACGUAUGCAGAGAAUCCUCCGUUAUUCCAAGAGUAUAUCACGGCCACGCCGGAUAUCAGGUUAUUAAUGGAUAAUCAAUUUCGCAAUGUCAAGACCCAUGCACGACUAUUGAGCAAAGAAAUGUGGUACGAGUGGCGCAUGAAACUCCUAGAAGGCUUGAAGCAAGGAUUAGAUCGACAUGUCGAUGAAAUGAAACAGGAUGAUAUCCUACUUUCGAAGAAAGAAAAUAUUCUUGCAAAAGUGGUUCCAGGCUUGACGGAGAAACAUGCGAGGCUUGAGAUCGAAUCUCAUAACCUUCAAAAGGUAAUGGACGAAAUCGAAAACUGCGACCAGGAGGAAUUGCGAGAUGCCAGAGAGAAACUGGCAACCGUCGAAACAGAACUUGAGGAUCAAAAGCAGAAAUACGAACAUGUGCGGGAUAGCCUAGAAAAAAAAAGCAACGUAUUGGAGACAGGGCAAGCUCGAAAAGAAAAGUUGCUCCAACAAAUACGCGAUGCUGAGGGUAUAAUAGAAGAAUGUCGAGGGUGGAAUGUGAAGGAAGUGCGCGGGCUACGGGCUUCCGUCCAGGCUUUAGAAAAGCGAACUGGAUGGACUGUUCUCUCAGCAAGGCCGGGUCAGGACGUUGAGAGCCAUACCACUCUCUCCAUGCGAUACGCCGGAGAGCUUCGACUCGACUUUAUCCCCAAGUAUAUUCGUGGUCCAUAUCCAAAAUCAGCCAACGAAGGGCGGCGCAUUUCACAGCUUCGCGGGCCUUCUCCCAUAACACUCACAUUCUCUCCUAGUGGAACCGGAUCACAACCAGUUACUGCCAAGCCUAGCCCAGAGGUUUCUCUUGUUCUAAAUGCCAUACGGACGCGUAUUCUUCAUUCUACGCAAAUUUCCGUUUCACCCAAAUUAUUCCUCAACAGCAUUGCAAAAUCUUGGGGAAUUGCGGCGUCCUUACGAGAAGAAAUUCGAAUGUUAGGAUAUUGUGGAAUUACCACUACCAAGUCUGCGGGGAUUAAUCCAUCUGAACCCACGUUGCUAAAAGUCCGUUGCAUGUUGCUUGGCUGGGUUGGAGACAAGAAAACGCCUAGUGUUGAUCAAUCUCAGAGUGACAAAGACGGAAGGAUCCGGGUAAGGAUUGAUAUCGAUUUCACAGUCAAGCCGAAGAAUCACAGCAAACAGUUGGAGGAUUUGAGCUUUGACAUUGGCAUCGAUGUAGAUGCUUCUGCGAGUAGGGUGUACGGGCUUGACAAUUGCAGCGAUUCCUCCAAGUCAGACUCACAUCUAAGUGACUUUUUGGCCAAGUCGAUAGAUAAAUCUCCUGUUACUUUGGGCAAUGGUCUCUGGAGGGCAGCUGUGAAGGCUUUGGGGGAGAAUAUAUUCCUUUGA